GCGGGUGAGAGAGGGGAAGGACAGAUUGAGAUGCCUGUUUUGCUGUUGUUGCAUCUGAAUGGAGCGUAAAGUUAGGUGCGUUUGAAUUGGAGGGAGGGGGUGAGGAGGAGGAAGAGGAGAAAGGGGAGGAGGGAUGUGUGUCGGCUGCAGGAUUCCAUCACUCUUAGCAACCGUUGUUGAGUUACCAGGGAAACACUCUGCGAUGCUCGCUGCUUCUCCUUUGUUUCUCUCUCUCUCUCUGACUCUCUCUUCUCUCUCGCUGACUCUCUCUCUCUCUCUCUCUCUCCUCUCUCUCUCCUCUCUCUCUCUCUCCUCUCUCUCUCUCCAUCCUGUCUUCCCGGCGAUGCUCUGGGAUCAUUUUGCAGCUGAUCGCUGAUUGUUUACGUGUUGGUGUUUGAGACCGCCAGUCUGCUCCUGCUGCUGUUCAACUCUUUACAAAAAAAAAAGAAAAACCCACACUUUGUCUGUGAACCUUUAUCUCCUCGGCUUCUCUAACGCAUCAGAGAUCAUCAUUUUGGGUUGGCCUGGGCCGACAGGUGACAUCAUACGAAGUUGGAUGUUCCGUCAAAGCCAAACGCUCUCGGCUGCGAUCGGCGGCGUCGAUGUUUUCACAACUCAGUCACAACUCUGAGAGACGUCGGGACGCUUCGCAGAGACUGAACUCUGCUCCGUGAAGCACUUAGAGAAACUCUCAAGAAAAGAAGACAACCUACAACAACUUCACCUCCUUCUCCUCUCUUCACCACGCAGAGAUGAACGAGGAGGCGGAGGAGACGCAGCUGCCCGGGGAAGGGCUGGAGGCUGAGGAGCAGGGAGAGGAGAAAGAGGAAGGAGAGCAGAAAGAGGAAGAGGAGAAACAAGAAGGAGAGCAGGAAGAGGAAGAGGAGAAACAGGAGGGAGAGCAGGAAGAGGAAGAGGAGAAACAGGAGGGAGAGCAGGAAAAGGAAGAGGAGAAACAGGAGCAAGAGCAGGAAGAGGAGAAAGAAGAGGAACAGGAGAAACAGGAGCAAGAGCAGGAAGAGGAAGAGGAGAAACAGGAGCAAGAGCAGGAAGAGGAAGAGGAGAAACAGGAGCAAGAGCAGGAAGAGGAAGAGGAGAAAGAGGGAGAGGAGAAACAGGAGAUACUGAAGGAAGAGAAAGAGGAGAAGGUGCAGCUACCGGCGGGAGAGCAGGAAGAGAAGAUGCCCCAUCAGGACGUGGAACAGGAGGAGGAGGAGGAGGAGUCUGAGGAGGUGCAGCAGAAAGAGGAGGAGCAACAUGAGGAAGAGGUGCAGCGCGGGGAGCAGCAGCAGCAGAGCGUGCAGGUGCAGCGCGGGGAACAGAUGGAGCCGGAGGAGGUACAGAGGUCUCAGACCAGGCAGAUGGAGGAGGCGCAGGACUUUGAGGAGCAGAACCACAACAACCAGGUCCUGAUCCGACUGAGAGGGAUGCAGAAAUACAAAAGUACAUCGCAGAGGCUGAAGGGGGUCCUGGAGCAGAUGGACCGGGGUGUCGUGGACCUGCAGGAACUCCGCAGGAACCUGGAGCUGGCUGCUGCCAUGUUGGACAGCGUUUACACCGACGAGACCAAGCGUCUGUUGGACACCGAGGACGAGCUCAGCGACUUGCAGGCGGAGUCAGUGCCCAGCGAAGUACGUGAUUGGCUGGCGUGCACCUUCACCAGGAAGAUGGGCGUGGCCAAGCGUCGUCCUGAGGAGAAGCCGAGAUUCAGGAGCAUCGUCCAUGCAGUGCAGGCUGGGAUAUUUGUAGAAAGGAUGUACAGACGGACGUCCAACAUGGCUGGUCUGACCUACCCUCCCACGGCUUUGACAGCUCUGAAGAAAGUGGAUCACUGGUCGUUUGAUGUUUUCUCCUUCCACAAGGCCACCGGAGACCACGCCCUCAAGUUCCUGGUCUACGACCUGCUGACCCGCUAUGACCUCAUCAACAGGUUCAGGAUCCCGGUGCAGGCUCUGGUGCAGUUUGUUGAAGCGCUGGAGAACGGCUACAGCAAACACAGGAACCCCUACCACAACCUGAUCCACGCCGCCGACGUCACUCAGACCGCCCACUUCCUGAUGCUGCACACGGGACUCAUGCACUGGCUCAGCGAGCUGGAGAUUCUUGCCAUGGUUUUUGCUGCAGCCAUUCAUGACUUUGAGCACACGGGAACCACCAACAACUUCCACAUCCACACCAGGUCGGAGGUGACCAUUCUGUACAACGACCGGUCGGUGCUGGAGAACCAUCACGUCAGCGCUGCCUACCGGCUGAUGGCCGAGGAGGAUAUGAACAUCUUUGUCAACCUGAACAAGGACGACUGGAGGGAGCUGAGGGCUCUGGUGAUAGAGAUGGUGAUGUCCACGGACAUGUCCUGUCACUUCCAGCAGAUCAAGACCAUGAGGAACGCCCUGACGCAGACACUCAGUCUGGACAAAGUGAAGGUUUUGUCUCUGUUGCUUCACGCUGCAGACAUCAGUCAUCCGGCCAAAGCCUGGCCGCUGCACUACCGCUGGACUCACAGCCUCAUGGAGGAGUUCUUUCAACAGGGAGAUAAAGAGGUGGAACUGGGCCUCCCUUUCUCUCCUCUAUGUGACCGCAAAGCCACCAUGAUCGCCCAAUCACAGAUAGGUUUCAUCGACUUCAUCGUGGAGCCGACUUUCAGUGUUCUGAUCGACACGACGGAGAAACUGAUUGGUCCGCUGAUAGAAGAGGACAGGAAGGCCAGAGAGUCUGGAAACAGGAAGUCCAGUCUAACAGGAAGCGGUUCCGUUACCGUGGAGUCGGUGCAGAGACACAGUAGUGGGCGCUACGGUAACAGCGAUGAAGGACAGAUGGACUUUUCCCUGAUGGCCAUCGACCAGCCGGCUCUGAAGCUCCACCUGUCUGGCGUCAUCGGCAGCAACAAGGACAGAUGGAAAGAGCUGUCCGUGCACGAGCUGGCCAAUAAGGAGCAAGAAGAACAAGAGAAGGUGGAGUCUGUCAACUCAGACAUCCAAUCACAUGCCUCGCCCAGUCACAGUGCCCCUGAUGGACACACCUCUGACCAAUCACAGAACUCAGAGGCCUGCCCUCCUGAUGAAACACACAACGACAAGUCACCUGUCCACCUGAACUGGAACGGGUCGGGGCCAGCGGAGGAGAAGACGGAGGACAAUGAUGAUGAUGAUGAAGUGCCUGAAAAAGCCUGAUGGCGCUCCAUGGCGAACUUACCACUGUGUCUGACUGUGGCAGAUCACCGUGGCAACAGGAGUUGGAACGGUGCAGUGACAACGACACGGUUCAGACUCUUCUGUUCAAACGCAGCUGCUGACUCGACGGCAUCUCAGUGGCCGCCAAAAAGAA